GGUGUAUCAGAAUCAGAAUCAGAAACAGAGAGAAGGGGGUCUCGUUUAGUCAAAAACCGUAGGAAAGAUCUCUGAAACUCCAAGACUCGUUUUCUCUCGCUUUCUCGCUGAAAGACAUUCUUAGGGUUUUCUCUCUUUUUCUUUUCACACUGUUUGGAAGGAAUGCUUCGAAACUAGCGAUUGAUUUUGCAAAAUGUGAGGGAGUUAUAGCUACAGGUACGCCUCUUCAAGUCGUCUUUUAACUGGUGUCGACGUUUUUAGGGUUAAGUGCUCCAUUUGGUUGCUGAGAAAGCGGAGAAGAAAGAAAAAUGCAGAUUGGAGUUUUGGAUUAUGAUUUAUUAGGAGAAUGGCAGAGCCUCUACUUAACUGAAGCUAAUGCUGCCAUUUGGUUUACUUCAAUGUCCUCUUUUUCUUUUACUCGGUUUUUCCGGUAACCAAACAGACGGUUGCGGUUAUUGGUUUUGUUCUGGUUGUUAAAUUGAUUCUCUUUGAUAUUGAUUGCCUCUUUUAAGAAAGAGCAAACAUCUUGCUUCUGUUGCUCUUCACCUAUAUGGCUUCUGCUGGCAUUCCACCUGCUUCGGCGGUUGGAAAACCUAGUGGCAACACAAUGUUUGUUGAUAAGCUGCCGGAAGAAAUCAAUGAAAUGAAGAUCAGGGAUGACAAGGUUGAAAAGGAAAUGGAAGCAACAGUGGUCGAUGGAAAUGGAACUGAGACAGGGCAUAUUAUUGUAACAACUAUAGGUGGUAGAAAUGGUCAACCCAAACAGACCAUAAGUUACAUGGCAGAGCGUGUUGUUGGACAGGGUUCAUUUGGAAUUGUAUUUCAGGCUAAGUGCCUAGAAACUGGAGAAACCGUUGCAAUCAAGAAGGUUUUACAGGAUAAGAGAUAUAAGAACCGUGAGUUGCAAACAAUGCGUCUUCUUGACCAUCCAAAUAUUGUCUCUCUCAAACACUGCUUCUUUUCAACCACGGACAAGGAUGAACUCUAUCUCAAUUUGGUGCUUGAAUAUGUACCUGAGACGGUUUAUCGUGUGGCUAAACACUAUAGCAGGGCAAAUCAACGGAUGCCUCUGAUAUAUGUCAAACUCUACACAUACCAGAUUUGUAGAGCUUUGGCAUACAUUCAUGGGGUUGUAGGAGUGUGCCACAGAGAUAUUAAGCCACAGAAUCUAUUGGUUAAUCCCCAUAUUCAUCAGCUCAAGCUAUGUGAUUUUGGGAGUGCAAAAGUUCUGGUUAAAGGUGAGCCAAAUAUAUCAUAUAUUUGUUCUCGUUAUUAUCGAGCACCAGAACUCAUAUUUGGUGCAACGGAGUACACAACUGCAAUUGACAUGUGGUCUGUGGGUUGUGUCCUUGCGGAACUGCUUCUUGGACAGCCUCUCUUUCCAGGUGAAAGCGGAGUUGAUCAGCUUGUUGAGAUAAUCAAAGUACUUGGGACGCCAACUCGUGAGGAAAUCAAGUGUAUGAAUCCAAACUAUACUGAGUUUAAAUUCCCACAAAUCAAGGCUCACCCCUGGCACAAGAUUUUUCACAAGCGCAUGCCCCCAGAAGCAGUAGAUCUUGUCUCUAGACUUCUUCAAUACUCUCCAAAUCUAAGGUGUACUGCUUUGGAGGCCUGUAUUCACCCGUUCUUCGAUGAACUGCGCGACCAAAAUUCCCGUCUCCCCAAUGGCCGCCCAUUGCCUCCUCUCUUCAACUUUAAGCCUCAAGAACUGAAAGGAGCGUCUCUGGAACUCCUGGCCAAACUGAUACCAGAACAUGCUCGAAAGCAGUGCCCCUUCCUAGGCUUCUAAACAUCUAUCUUCAACGUUAUGGUGUAACUGUAACUGUGUUCCAUGUUUGUCUUGCAUGUUCUCUGAAAAUUAGAAACACCCCCUGUUUGUUUUUUAUUUUUUAUUUUUCGACAAACACUUCCAACUGAUGAAUCAUCGCUCGCUGUGUACGUAUCGUAACAGCGCUAAGUGGAUCUUUUGUAAUCUUCAUAUUAUUUUCAGUCGAGUGUACACAGCUAGCUUGCUUAGCAUCUUUCCAGGAUCAAAUGCAGCAGGGGUGGCAAUUCGAGUU